AGUUGCCAGCAGCCCCUCUCUUGGCUCCUUGACACGAGCACCAUAUAAGGCGCAGCGAUCUCCAUAGAAACGUGUCAGUUUCAAUAGUAGUGUCAAAGUUCACUAUAUACAGACAUUCGCGCAGAUCUCCGUUUCGGAAACGCUGCUCCACUGGUCCUCCCGUUAAAACGCAUUCAUUUUUGCUGGGGUCUCCUGCUUCUUGCAUAUUCUAUUAGUUGUUUUUUUUCUCUCUCUCUCUCUUUAUCCUCGCUCCGUUCCGACUGGAGAGGUGAAACUGCAAUAGGCUCUCGGGCGACGUUGUUUUUCUGCUGGACCAGAUGAGCUUUAUUCAUGAACAUAGAUAGAGAAUUCCGCUCUUCAGUGUUUCCUUCUCUCCAACCACGAAGACGGAGAAAGGAGCGGAGAAGGGAAAAAAGAAGGGAAUUUAUUUCGCACCGCACUUUGGAUCUCGGAGCCACCAGCGAGUUUUUUACAUUUUUUAUUUCGCCGUCAAUGUGAAGAAUAUUUAUUAAGAUAUUUUAAGAAAAAAAACUGAUUUCCGUUACGUCUGGCUUCGCUUUCUCUACGCGACCGGGGCUCCCGAAUGGCUGACUGCGAGCUACCUUGGAACUGGCCUCCCGAUAACUGCAUAUCCUAAUCGGGUGCCUUUUUUCUGCGACUCUUCGCAUGCUGUUUUGAAUGCAUCGAUUGUUUUAGGUUUUUGCUGUUUUUUCUUCUUGUUGUUCUUUUUCUUCCUAUGAGAUUGACCGCUCCGGCUUGACUUCCGCGCUGCCGUUUCCGUCCGCGAUUCUCCCCUUUGCAAGCUCCGACGUCCGAGCGACCGGUUCGCUUGAAAGCACUUUUCGGGCCCGAGAUAUGGCAAUGGUAGUUAGCGUUUGGCGCGAUCCGCAGGAAGACGUGGCCGGAGGAGCGGCGAGCGGCCCGAACCCCGCAGCGCAGCCGGCGAGGGAGCAGCAGCAGGCGGCGUCGGCGGCACCGCACACCCCGCAGACACCCAGCCAGCCGGGAGCGCCGUCCACCCCAGGCACGGCCGGAGACAAGAGCAGCCAGAACUCAGGCCAGAGCCAGCAGCACAUCGAGUGCGUGGUUUGCGGAGACAAAUCGAGCGGCAAGCACUAUGGCCAGUUCACCUGCGAGGGAUGCAAAAGUUUCUUCAAGCGGAGUGUCCGGAGGAACUUAACGUAUACGUGCCGUGCCAACAGGAACUGUCCUAUUGACCAGCACCAUCGCAAUCAGUGCCAAUACUGUCGGCUCAAGAAGUGCUUAAAAGUGGGCAUGCGGCGCGAAGCGGUUCAGCGAGGAAGGAUGCCUCCAACCCAGCCGAACCCAGGCCAGUACGCGCUCACCAACGGGGACCCUCUGAACGGUCACUGUUACCUCUCCGGAUACAUCUCGCUACUGCUGCGUGCCGAGCCUUACCCCACGUCCCGGUACGGCAGCCAGUGCAUGCAGCCCAAUAAUAUCAUGGGGAUCGAGAACAUCUGCGAGUUGGCGGCUCGCCUCCUCUUCAGUGCCGUGGAAUGGGCGCGGAACAUCCCUUUCUUUCCUGACCUGCAGAUCACCGACCAGGUGUCACUUCUCAGACUCACAUGGAGCGAGUUGUUCGUGCUAAACGCGGCGCAGUGCUCCAUGCCGCUGCACGUGGCGCCGUUGCUUGCCGCCGCCGGCCUGCACGCGUCGCCUAUGUCCGCCGACCGCGUCGUGGCCUUCAUGGAUCACAUUCGCAUCUUCCAGGAGCAGGUCGAGAAGCUCAAGGCCCUACAUGUCGACUCGGCCGAGUACAGCUGCAUCAAAGCCAUCGUGCUCUUCACGUCAGACGCUUGCGGCCUGUCGGAUGCGGCCCACAUUGAGAGCCUGCAGGAGAAGUCUCAGUGCGCUCUGGAGGAGUACGUGAGGAGCCAGUACCCGAACCAGCCGAGUCGCUUCGGCAAGCUGCUGCUGCGACUGCCCUCACUGCGUACCGUAUCCUCAUCCGUCAUCGAGCAGCUGUUCUUCGUUCGCUUGGUAGGUAAAACUCCAAUUGAAACCCUCAUCAGGGAUAUGUUGCUAUCCGGGAGCAGCUUCAACUGGCCCUACAUGUCCAUUCAAUGAUCCCAGCGAGCGUGCGAAACAAUAAAAAAGCGAGAGACUAAAGGACCAAAACUCUACAACCCUCCUUUCAAGAAGACUAUAUCUAUAUCUAUAUAUAUAUUAGAGGACCUCGUUUCUGAUCACAUUGGAAGACUUUCUUUUUUUUUUGUUGUUGUUGGACCGAAAUGGAAUACGUAAUGUACAAAGAUAAAAGCCCUGGACUUAACUCUUAUGUAAAUCCAUCGUCAUCGUCAAGAACACUCUCCAUUUUUGUAAAAUACUAGUCUUUAUUUUCCUUUUUUUGUAAGAAAAAAAACAGAAAAAUCAAAAACAAAAUACGUACAGAUAAAUUGAAGAACAUCAUAUGCGCAGUAAAAAUGAAUCAAAACUUAGCGGGAAAGUAACGUUCCCAAGCAAUUAUAAGAAAUGUCCUGUGUCUGUGUAUCUCUGUUUUGUAUUUUUUCUGGUUCUAAACCAGUUUUUUCUGUGAUUCUCUACUAAUGAUUUUGAUAUAACAUUUUGCUUCUUAUACUGAGUGCGAUAUAUGUUGUUGAAGCUAUGUUCUCCAAGAAUUAAAAUUGAAGUGACAAUUUAAAACAUAAAAAAAUAAAGAAAAUUUUAGACAAAUAAGAAACAGUCUAAUCGCUAUGACAAUAUCACUGAUGGUUGAACUUUCCCCCCAAUUGAUGCUCUAUGGACAUGCAACUGCGGCAAACCUGACCUCAUGGACAAUUGAAGGAGAGGACGCCUUGGUCGUGUGUGUGAGUGCGUGUGUUGAGUCAAUCAUCAGGCAAAGAGGAAAGACAUGGAAAAUUAAAAGCACUUUUAAUAUAUCAUUUUCAAAAUA